UCUGAACAGUUACAUUAACAGUAUUUGCUAAUGAACCAACUGACAAACAAAUGUAGUGGGAUUCCAUGCCCAGGAGGGCUGACACAGAACCAGUGAUUGUUCCAAAACCAACAGGACUGGAAAGCCCUCAGCACCCUGAAAGAGCAGGCCAGAGGACACUAUCAGCUCUACAACACAGGAUGAACUGGAGCAUCAUUCUGACUGUGGUUGUGCUGCUGGACUUUCUUCAAAUGGCAGUUCCCCACUGCAUGGUCCAUCAGAUUCCUCCCAGGAACUUCACGUUACCCUGUAUGCUGCUGAAUGAGACUUUUUUGGGUCCUUUCUCUGCUGGAGUUGCAGGGGGCUGGUCUGGCUGGAGGAGAGCAUCUGAAACGAAGCCUCCCUUGCUCAUGAACGAAGAGAAUUUUCUGUGUUGCAUUUGGAGUGAUCACAACGUUGAUUGUUCUUUGUACAGAGCAAGCAUGCAAGCAAGGAGGUUUAUUCCUUCAGAAAUAAGUAUCAAUGCUUCUCAGGGAACAGAUUCCAGUUGGAACAUUGAGUGUUGGAUGAAGGGCAAGCUGGACCUGUUGGUUUGUAGCCUGCGGGGUUUGAAGUUGCACUUGAGAAACAACUUGAAGGUUGAUCUUUAUUAUGCUGUAUCAGAGCUGUCUCUGGGAGAUAUAACUACCAGCUCCCUGGAGGGGACUGUCCUGGUUGCUCAGUGUGAGUGCAGGGAGGAUGAGGGAUGUGAGUGCUGGGUGCCUGCUCUGAGCCUCAACUACACCUACAUCUUGUGGCUGAAGAGGACAAUUGGUGUGAUACCUCUGUGGUCACCUCUGAUGUCAGUCAAGCCCAUAGACAUAAUAAAGCCUGAACCUCCUUUGAACCUGCAUCUAGAAAUGACAGAGAGAGGUCAAGUGAAGGUCUGCUGGUCCAACCCCUUGCUGGUGCCAUACCCCCUGCAGUAUGAAGUGAAGAUCUCUGCCAGUUCAGGUCAAAGUGGCUGGCAGAUGGUCCAGGUUGCUCUGGAAACCUCCCUGGCCAUAGAGCAUCCCCUGCUUGGUUCCUCACACUGGGUUCGAGUGCGGUGCAGGAGUCGUGAUGGUGCAGGGUUCUGGAGUGACUGGAGCACAGCGUAUGACCUCAGUGAGGGAGCUGGAGUCCUGUACUUCCCUCCUAAGAUACUGACCAGUGUUGGCUCCAAUGCUUCCUUUCAUUGUAUCUAUAAAAACAAAACCAAGCUUGUAGCAUCCCAGAAGAUUGUUUGGUGGCUGAAUUUAGCAGAGGAAAUCCCAGAAAGUCAGUAUACCCUAGUGAAUGACCGUGUAAGCAAAGUUACUCUUUCCAACUUGGAAGCAACAAAACCUAGAGGAAGUUUCUUCUAUCACGCCUUGUACUGUUGUCAUCAAAAUAGAGAGUGUCACCACAGAUAUGCUGAAUUAUAUGUAGUAGAUAUGGAUAUUAACAUCACGUGUGAAACAGAUGGGUACUUAACUAAGAUGACUUGCAGAUGGUCUGCAAACCCAACCACUGUGCUCCUGGGAACUUCCUUGCAGCUAAGAUACUACAGGAGCAGAAUUUAUUGUGCUGAUUUUCCGAGCACUUCUCCAAAAUCAGAGGUGAAGGAAUGCAGUUUGCAGAAGAACCAUUCCUAUGAGUGCACAUUUCAGCCUUUUUUUCUCUUAUCUGGAUAUACCAUGUGGAUAGAGUUUAAGCACUUCCUGGGAACACUUGAGUCCUCACCAACUUGUGUGGUUCCAGCAGAUGUGGUAAAGCCGCUUCCUCCCUCCGACGUUGAAGCCGAAAUCACCAGGAAGGUUGGGCUGCUGAACGUGAGCUGGACAAACCCAGUAUUUACAAACAAUGAGCUUACGUUCCAGAUUCGGUAUGCUGUGAACAGGGGAGAAAUUGCAUGGGAGGUGUAUGAAGUUUCAAAUGUAUCAAGAUCAGCUGUGAUAAAGGUUCAGAAGCUUUGUGUUCAGUACGUUGUCCAGGUGCGGUGCAGGGAGCUGGAUGGGUCGGGUUACUGGAGCAACUGGAGCAGAGCAGCCUACACCCUUGUAAGAGACAUCAAAGCUCCCUUACACGGUCCUGAAUUCUGGAGAACCAUCACUGAAGAUCCAGCAAGGGGGCAGAAGAACGUUACACUCCUGUGGGAGCCGCUGGUGGAGAAUCGCUCGCUGUGCAGCGUGAGCCGCUACGUUGUCAAGCAUCAGACAGCAGCAAACACCUCCUGGUCAGAGGAUGUUGGGAACGGCACGACCUGCUCCUUCCUGUGGACUGAACACACACACACCGUUACGGUUUUAGCCAUGAAUUCCAUCGGAGUUUCUUCCAUGAAUUAUAACUUAACUCUGUCACAACAAAUGAGCACAGUGGAUGCUGUGCAGUCUCUUCAUGCCUACCCCGUGAACAGCACGUGUGUGGUUUUGAUGUGGGUGCUUUCACCUCAAACGUAUGUGAUAACAUCUUUUAUCAUUGAGUGGAAGAACCUUAACAAAGAGGAGGAGAUGAAGUGGGUGCGAGUUCCUCCCAAUAUUAGGAAAUAUUAUCUUUAUGAUCACUUUAUUCUGAUUGAGAAGUACCAGUUCAGCCUGUACCCUGUGUUUGCUGGGGGAGUUGGCAAGUCCAGAGCGACGGAUCAGUUUGCCAAAGGUGGAUAUGAAAGUGAGAAUAAUGCCAACCUCUAUAUGGUUCUGCCAAUAGUUCUUUCAACCUCAGUUUUGCUGCUGGGAGCAUUGCUGGUUUCACACCAAAGAAUGAAGAGGCUGUUUUGGGAAGAUGUUCCAAACCCCAAGAACUGCUCCUGGGCCCAAGGUGUUAGUUUCCAGAAGCCUGAAACUUUUGAGCAUCUUCUGAUCAAGCACCCUGAAGCCAUGUCAUUUGAGCCUCUUCUUCUGGAACCAGAAAUAGUGCUGGAAGACAUCAGUGUCACUGAAGUGUUGAGAAAAGACACACCAGAUUUUUUGGCAAUGGAUUCCAUGUUUCCAAAAAUUCAGGACUCGGAGCGUGACUCCGCUUGCUCCAGCAGCCAUUUCAACAGCAGCAGCUUCUCGGAGCUCUCCCAGGAUGAUGGAACCAGUGGAGACAUCUCCAGGCAGACAGAUAUUAAAUAUGCAGCUGUUAUCAGUCACUCUGGAUCCAGCGGGCUUUGUGAACAGCAGAUGAACCCAAGGAGUUGUUUUGAUAGAUGCCUCUUGGCUGAAGAUUCCUUGGGUACAGGCAGCUUCUCGAGUAGCUCCUGGGAGGUGGGGAAUGGGACAUUCCUGGUGCUGCCUGACCCUCCUGGCAGGCAGCCCAGCAAGACUCUUUCCCUGGUUUCUUCAGAGGGAUUUUCAGAGCCUUCAGAUCAGGGCGACACUUUCCCAGGAGGAGACAGUCCUGAGAGGAGCCUGUAUUACCUCGGGAUAACAUCCCUGGAAAAAAGAGAGAGGGACAUUUUCUGGACAGACAGCUCCAGGCUGCUGUGUCAGUUCCACACAGCCCAGCUGCUGGCAGAGGGGGGUGCUCUCCAGCACUCCCCACCUCAUUUAAACACCUUCCUCCAAAGCAGCCUGCAGUAUAAAGCUGUGGUGCCCUACGUGCCACAGUUUCAGAUGGCUGCUGCCAAGGGGCAGGAGACCACAGAGAAAGCCUCAGAAGUCAUGGCUCCAUAACUGGUCUCCUUCAGGGUUUUGUUGGCCUGGAUACGUUCCCCUGUUUUCCCUCUCCUGACUUACUUUUGGGAGCUCCCCUGUUUUGGAGCUGGGUAACUGGUUCUAUAUCUGAGUGCCAGGAUUUUUGUAGGAAGAAAUUCCAUUUCUCGACCUAAUUUUCCAGAUGUGGGGCCUUCCUCUAGGGAACUGCACUCAAAUUAGCCUCUAAUGCCAAAGUCUCUCUUGUUGGUGCCUGUUUGGGCUAAGUCUGAGCACUUGAAAUUGCCCCCCGUGCCGUGGGUGUUCAGGUGAAGGGAGGAGGUCGAGGCACAGCCUGUGCUCAUGCUCUGUGUGUGCUUCUGCUCCUCAAACACAUCACCAAACCGUGUGGAAAGAGCCUGUCCUUGGUUUGGGGCUUGUUUGGGGACCCAAGGUUGGGAGAGAAAGGAGUGGCCUAAUAUGUAGAUGGCAAUAUGUACCUGGGUGGUGUUUUGGGGGAGAAAAGCUUGGACAACCUUGGAAGAGGGGAGAUUUAGGUGAGACAUGAGGAGGAAGUUCUUUAGUAUGAGGGUGGUGAGACCUUGGCCCAGGCUGCCCAGAGAAGCUGUGGCUGCCCCAUCCCUGGCAGUGUUGAAGGGCAGGUUGGAUGGGGCUUGGAGCAACCUGGGCUGGUGGGAGGUGUCCCUGCCCAUGCAGGGGGGUUGGAACUGGAUGAUGUUAAAGGUCCCUUCCAACCCAAACCAGUCUGGGAUUCUAGGAAUGUGGCUUUUCCCUGGGAAUGAUGUGAGGGACAGACUGAGUUGACCUGGAUGUGGUGCAGCCACUGGGCUCUCAGGACUGGCCAGGUCUUUGUGCACAGGGAUCCACUGGGACUGGUGGGACAUGGAUCUGCUGUACAAAUACCAAAAUACAUUUGUUAGGCUUUUUUUUCCCCUCCAAACCCAUGAUGGAUUCUUAGUUCCCUGACAUCGUGUUGAACUGAGCCUGUGGCUGCACAGGUGAUCCACAGGAGAAAGCAGCAGGACCUGGUACUUCAGCUGGUGAAAGGGAGGCCCUGACCAAUGGCAGCAAACUUGUGGCUGCUGUUAGGGAGUUUCUUUUAUAUUAAAAUUAAAAUAUGGCUCAAAGAGCUGUGGGAGAGGCUGGGAGGUCAGAGAUGUACUGAUAAAACAGUCCCUGAGGAGGUGCCUGUUCCAGCAGCUAAAGGCUUAUGUUACUGCAGGAGGAGAAUCAAAAUCCCUGUGGCUGGGUUAACUGUGAGGUGUUACUUGGAUAAAAUUAAGUACUUGGGAGUAAAAUGGCCACAUUUUUGUUGCUGGACAGGAGAUGGAUGGCACUGCUGUAAAACUGACAUCUCUUCCAAACCCCUCUCCUGAGAGCCCCCGAUGGAAAAGGCAGGAGUUUGAUCCAAAGCUCCUGUAUUUGGGUUCAGUUUGUCUCCACUGAAAAGCUUCAGAUGGGAGGAAAACUAGCUCUGGCAUCUCAGCUGUAUUUCUGGGAUAAGAAGGGAAAGAAACCCCCACUAAUCUGCAAGCCAAAGAUAUUUUUUCUACUUCAUAGUUGGUAAAUAUUUUUGUAUAUCUGCCUUUUCCAAGACCUGUUUGGAGGCACUCAGCAAGCAACUCCAUGGUGUAUUCCAGAGCUGAGGUGAUAUCAGACUCUGUGUAGGCAAUUAAAAACAAAAGGGCAAAGCCCAGCAACAAUAGCAAAUGGCAGGAGAGAUGUGGAGAGAGUUUAAUAUCUUAGGGAUAAGAAAGCCUGUGGGGCAGAAGGGACCCAAGCAAGUAUUUAUCUGCACUUUGAAUUUAAGAUGAGCUUUACCAAAAACAACCCUUUUCCUCACCAAGCUGCUGCCCUGGCCCUUGCUGGGGGUCUCUGUUUCUGCAUGUUGAGUCUGACACAUCAUCUAAUGUCCUGCUUUCAGAAAUGUUACGUGUGGUGGGCAUUAAAACAUUUUUUGUGUAAGUCUCCAAAAGUCCUUGUCACUUGAAAAUGGGAUUGAAGGCUGCAGGGACAAAGCUGAAGUGCUGGAAGGGUUCCUGGAAGGCUGUGAUCAGCACCCAGGGGAAUGCUGACCUCAGGAUUUGGCUGAGAAAACAGAAAUCCACUUCUGCUGGCAGGUGAACUUGACGUGGCACAACCUGCAGGGUCCCAGGAGUGCCUGGGGACCAGGCUGGGCUGUUGGAUUCUGCCUCUCCUGGUGGUUUAUCCACUGGAUCCAACAUCCCCUCGAGUCUGACACUGGGAGAGGCUCCUGCAGGUUGGCUGUCCACCCCCCCAGCUGACACCACAGGGAUCCCUGCACUGAAUUUGGGGUGGAACACGUCAGCUCCUGCCCAUCGACCUCCUCCUGCCAGCCUGGGCUGGGACCUGACCUGUUGAAGUGCAGCUUUGUGACAGCAGCCACAGCCUACCCGUGUCACCUGCUGGGGGGAGGACAGUCCCCUCCGUGCCCCUGCAGCACUCCCAUCUGCUGGAACUUCUUGCUGGUGGGAAGGGGAGUGCAGUUCUCUGGGGAUGAGGUUUGGAUUUCUUUAAUUACUCUGUCCAGAAAAAUUCUUUAGCUGCAUUUUGAAGAUCCUUUUUUUCUGAAGAAAGGAAAAGCUCACAUUGAUUUUU